GUGCCCGCCUGGCUCUUGUCCUGAUAUUACUCCGCUGGCAUGGAGGAGGAGGAGGAGGGGACUGGAGCGCGCGAUCAUUGUGAUGGUGGCUGCAGCCGCCGCCGCCGAGAGCGAGCCACACAUUAGCGCGUCUGUAGGAUUUCCCUCAACACACACUCACACACACACACACACACACACACACACACACACACACGACUUUCUGAACUGCACACCUUUCUUUGUUCACGCUCGGGAGGAGGGAAAAAUUUUUUAACGCGCGAGAGCAGAGAAUAAACAGCACACGGCGAAUGAAAUGAAAUGAAAUGCAAAGUUCACGAAACUACUACUCGGGAGCGCGUUGGCUGCGGACGGGGAAACUUUUUUUCUCUCCGAGAAGGACGGCGCGAUAAACCGGCGGAGUGUUUGAUGGAGCGCUAAGCGGCGAGAGCGCAGCCUGACGGCGGACUGAGCUCGCUCGCCUCCCGGUCGCUCCUCCGCUUCUUCCCUCGCGGUGUCGGCUUUGCUGCGGGGAAACGGUGGAUGGUUGACACGGCGAUAUUCCCAGAGGAGCGCUGCAUUAUUUGUCGUUUCCACUCUUUCUCCCCGGUCUGUCUAUCCAGCUGGACCCGGUUUUGGAGACGGGAGUCCGGGCUGGGUGCUGCUAUCGGGAAGGGGGGAAAGCUUUGACAAAACUUCUUCCUAAAAAAAGCGCUUGUACGCAGCAGCGCAGAUGAUGAUGGGGGAUUUCUCCGGCCCCGCUGCCUCUAACGGCGGCGGUGUUUGCAUCAACAGCGGCGGUAACGUGAACCUCAACACCGGUAGCAACACCACAACUCCUAAUAACUGUAAUAGCAACAGCGGUGCCGGUCCUGGAGCUGGUGCUGGAGCUGGUGCAGGAGCUGGAGUGCCGAAGCACAGCACAGUAGUGGAGCGGCUACGGCAGAGGAUCGAGGGCUGCCGGCGGCAUCACAACGCCUGCGAGGCCCGCUAUCAGCAAGCGCACGCCGAGCAGCUGGAGCUGGAGCGCCGGGAGACUGCGGCUCUGUAUCAGCGCACCCUGGAGCAGAGGGCCAAGAAGGGCAAGCAGCAGCAGCAGGGCAAGCAGCAAGAACCGAGCGAGUCCUCGGAGCAGCGGAACAACACUCUGAUCGCGCUUCAGGAGACAGUCAAAAGAAAAUUGGACAGUGCUCAGUGCAGAUCUCCUUUAAAUGGUGACCAGAAUGGGAUCUGUGAUGGAAGCUACUCUCCCACUACAAAGAGGCUGCGUAAGGAGGGUAACAGUGGACUGGACUCUCUGGGCACUUUGCCCAACAACGUACCCCCAAUCUCUCCACUUCACCAAAUGGACAUCAAGCCCACGUUACCUACAGGCAACAACACGUCUACUAAUGCAAUGGGUAAUGGUAAUGCUGGUACAAACCAUAUUACAGGGCGAGCAGAGGACUUAGGUAAGAAUGGUGGCAUGCCAGACAUUAAACUGAAUGGAUCUUUGGAUCUAGAUGAUGGUUUUAGCCUUCUAAAAGACAUGAAACAAGAGCCUCUGGAUGACACAACAGGGAUCGAAUCUUCGGACACCUCACUGUCCAAUCAGAACAAGUUGUUCUCUGACAUCAAUCUGAAUGAUCAGGAGUGGCAGGAGCUGAUUGAUGAGCUGGCGAACACGGUUCCUGAAGACGACAUGCAUGACCUCUUCAAUGAAGACUUCGAGGAGAAGAAGGAGAUUGGUGAUUUCAGCCGGCCCACAACAGAGCAAACACAGAAUCUGCAAGAGCCUGUACCUCCUCCAGUUGCCACAGCGCCCAACAACCCGCCUCAGGGUGGGCAGAUGGGCUCUCCGCAAGUUCGCCCGGCUUCUUCUGGACCACCGUUUGCCACUGCCGCCAAUGGCACACCACCCCAACAGCCCUUGCAGCAGUCUCCAGCAGUUGCUAUGGCAUCAGGUUCUCCUGCUAGCUGCAUUGCUCGUUCUCCCCAAACCCCUACACAGGCCCAGACGCAGACUUCCAGACCUGGGAAUGGAUUUAUGAUGAAUCCCGGUCCUGGUGUGGGUCCCCCAGGGUCAACACCGGUAGCGCCGGUAGGUCCUGGAGCAGGAGCAGGAAGUGGACCAGUCCCGGUUCCUGUUCCACCAACCACUGAACUCUCACCGGCUGAACAGCUAAAGCAGAUGGCAGCACAACAACAGCAACGUGCCAAGCUCAUUCAGCAGAAACAGCAGUCGCAGGCAGCUAGCUGGUCCCCUGCAGGAGCGCCAACAAGCCCUUACGGCGGUGGUCCCUUCAACCCUGACAAACCAAAUAGCCCCAUGAUGUACCCACAAGGCUUCAAUGCCCCCACCUCAAUGGUGUCCAAACCCGGCAUGAACAACUACCUCCCACAAAACCAUAUGAACAUGAUGAACCAGCAACAGCAGCAGCAGCAAUCUGCCAACAUGGCUGCCCAGAAUGCCUUGAACAAGCAGCUGUCUUACAACAACACCAAACCAUUGAGUCAUUUCAGUGGUGUUGACCACAUGAGUCAGCGAAUGACCCCACCAAUGGCCAAUCAGGUCAAAAAUCCCAUGAUGCCCUAUAUGCAGGGGACAGGGGGACAGGGUGGGGGGCCACCUCCUUCUCAAGGUCCCAUGCCUGGGCAGACGGCGCAUCUGACUGAAGAGCAGAAGAGGAUGAUGAUGAUGAAGCAGAAGGUGCUUGGUCAGGGUUUGCCAUACAGUGCGAUGCAGCAACAUGCACAGGAGCAGGGCAUGGUCGGAAUGCCGCGCCAGGCCGGAGGCGUCCAACCCCCUCACGGAGGCCCAGGAGGUGUGCCAUCGGCCGGGCCUAAUGGGGCGGGGCCAGGUGGUUACCUGGGCAACCAGCAGCAGCAGCAGCAGCAGCAAGCAGCCAUGAUGAAGCAGAUGAUGGCUAUGGAGCAGGAGAAGAGAGUUCAGCUUCACCUGAUGGAGCAGCAGAAAGUUCAGCUCCUGCGGGAACAGAGACAACAGCAACAACACCACCACCUACUGGCGGAGCAGUUACAGCAGCAGCAGCAGCAUCUCCCGAGGCAGAUGAGUCAAGCACAGAGAAACCCAUAUCCUCUCCAACAGUUUCCGGGCACACAGCAGGAGAUGGCGGCGAGGAACCAGGCGCUUCAGAGCAUGAGGAACGCUCGCCUCCUACAGCAGCAACAGCAGCAGAACCAAGGCAUGCUACAGAUGGCACCAGUCCAGAACCCUGGUCCCAUGCCCACUCAGGGCGAGAUGGGCAUGGCCUAUGGAAGCCAGUCAGGCACGCAAGCAGCUAUGUACCAGGGAAUGAACUCGGGAAUGGGUCAGAUGCUCCAGCCGCAGCAUCACCCGAACCAGGCUAGCAUGGCCAUGGCACAGAGACCUGCAGGCACAGGCGGCCAGGGAAUGGUGGGAGGCGGAGCUGGAAGCGGAUAUGGGCAGGGCAUGAUGAUGAACCCUGCCCUUUCUCAACAGCAGAUGAAGCCAUCUGGGCAGCCAAUGGCCAAAGCUCAGAGACUGCAAAGCAUGAUGGGAGGUGGCGGUCAGGGAUGGCCCCAGCAGCAGCAGCAGAAUAUGCAGGCCAUGAGUGGAAGGACUACAAACGACAUGGUUGCAUUUAACAGUAACUCUGCAUACGCCAUGCAAGGUGGGCAGCCAUCAAGGAUGCCCAAGCAGCAUUUCAGCCAAGGGAUGGGUGGCCAGGGCAUGGUGGACCCACGGGCCAUAAACCCAGCAAGCAUGGGCGGACCCAUGUUGCCUCACAUGACAGGCCAACCACGGACCAAUCAGCCACGGGGAAUGGCAAUGUCAGGUAUGGGUCAGGCUGUGCCCAGCAUGGCUGCUUUCGGACAGGGCUCCACGCAGGCCAUGGUAGGGGCAGGACCAGGCGGAGGGGCCUAUAUGCCAAGCGGGCAGACACAAGGCUACCAACGGACAUCAAGUCAAGAUUUGGCUUACGGUUAUGCUGGCCAAUCAGGGACCGGGAGUGGGGUCUCGUUCGGUCUGUCAGACAGUGCAGAGCUGGACUCAACGGACGGUUGGAUGGAGGAAUUUUUCCCCAGCCAAUAGCCAAUGUGGAAAAUGUUUGGGGGUGGGGGAUCUUUGAGAUGGGCCAGAAAAGUGUUUUUUUUUUUUUUUCCAAAAAGAAAAAUGAAAAUCAUUUCUAGACGGCGUGUUUGUUUUCGUUUUUUUUUUUUGUUUCUUUGGUUUUUUUUGUUUAUUGUUUCCAUUUAAUAUAAUGGGAAGAUUCUUACAUGUUGUGUAUUGUAUGUGUGAUGUCACUAUAUUUAAACCAACAAUCUCUAAGAUCUGAUUCUAGCUAGAAGCCAAGUCUCUUUAGACUUCGUCCUGUGACCUUCAUCAUCUUUUCCAGACUUUUCUAGGGACGACACAGUGUAAAACCUAAAUAAAUUAAUUGUGAAAUAGAAAGAUUUUUGCCCAGUGUUUAGAUCAGAUGUUGGUUUUUGCUCUCAACUCUGUCUGUUUAGUCAAUAAUGAAUUCUAAAAUGUGUGUGUGAGAGAAUGUAAGAGAGAAUUUGUGUUUAAAAAAAAAAAAAAAAAAAAAAAAAAAAAUAUACAACAGCACCGUCACCUCACCAACAGUUCCCUUUGCUCUGAUAGUGAUUCAGAGAGCCAGCAGUUCCACUUCCACUGCGUUCUUUCUGCAAACAUCACAGCAAAACACCUUGCAGUCUUUACUCUCAGCACAUACAUCAUCCAGUGUUUCUGUGCUUUAACUAAUCGAAGAGACUUGGCAGCUACAAAUUUGUCUCUCCACCUAAAAUCUGAAGGCUGGAGGACAUUAUGUUUUCUCGUAAGUCAUAUGGCAGCUAGGAACACAAGCAUGGCGUCGUCUCCCACAUGGGCCAGAAACACAGUCCUCUCAAGCAAUGUGCAGCCAAACACACAUUUUAGAUCCAACCUUCGAAUGUAACAGCUUCCACAAGUGACUUGUGGCAGUUAUAAAGGCUUUCACAUAGCAAUGGGAAAACAGGAAUGAUCACUUGUCUAAUUGCUUUCUAUGUUCAGGAAAAGAACAAUACAUGACAAAUCAUUUGACAUAACUAAAGAUAACAAAUCAAUUUAUUUCCUUUUAUUCAUUUGCCAGACCCUUUUAAUCAAAGCAUAAAGCUGAGCAGUCUAGUACUAAGACCUUGGGUGGUGCUUAUCUUCUGAUAAACUGUAAUCUCAUGUUAUGUAUCAAAUUAAUAUUUUCACACCCUUGAAUUGAAUUGUUCAUGUAAAACAAGUUCUUAAGGUGUUCUGUUUGUUCUGUCGGGUUUGACACAGCAUCACUGCCUGCCUUCAUUCAGAGCAGAAAGCCAUCAGUUACAGUCAGUACGUUCUUUACGGCCAACAUGGGAAGGGAGAAAAGACUGUUUGGAGAAGACACAGUCCAUAUUCAUAAAACUUUAUAACUGUGCUUAUAAUGCUUCAUAAAAUUGGUAAUGAUCGUAUUUAUAAGUAACUCUGAUAAUGUCUGGAAGAGCAUGUAACAACUGCCUGUCAGAGUUCCUUGUUAUGUCACAGUUUUAAGUUUCAUAUUUAGGUUUCGUAACUACUAUAAACUUUAGUAUGUCAUGGAAACAUCAAUUGCAAAGUAAUUACAGAACAAAGCAGUUUAAAAGGCAACUGUAGAUUAAAAGUUAUCAAUAGUUUGUGUGUACAUUUCCAAACUCACAAGAACACUUAUUUAGCACCAGAACUUUUUAAAUGAUGAUGUGAUUUAAGCAGUAAUAUUGAUGUUACAUCGAUCCUGAGCUCAGGUUACUGUCUAGGUGGUGUUUCACAUGUUCUACAAUGUUCAUUAAGGUUUCUUCCAGUUCUUAGAUUCUCCCAACCUCCCAAAAACACAGAACAGGAGAAUUGGCUAUGCGAAAUGACUCCUAGUGUGUGAAUGGACUGGUGACCUAUCCAAGUUGUAUUCUCACCAUGACCCUGACCAGGAGAAUUACUGGUUACUGAUGGAUGGAUGAACGAAUGAAUUUGUUUCUAGUAUUUCUAAAAAAAAUUUCACGAUAAUAACAUUUUAAGCAUAAAUGAACUUUGUACACAUGACAAUAAUUUGAAAAAGUCCCUGAUAAUAAUAUGGCAUGUUUUCACUAUUACAAUAGAUUAUCAGCAGUCCUGCUCAUCACAGAUUCAUAAUUAAUAGCAAUUUAAUAAUUGACUAAAUUUAUUUGGGAAGUAUUUGAGUUAAUAACAACGCUUACAAAUAAAUACCUAAUACAAUCAUAAGCACAGUUAUAAUGAUUUAUGAGUGUUACUGAGCUUUGUUUUCUUUAUUGUGAUAAAAUGUCGUACAAAAAAAGCAUUGCAGAUUAGUCCCUUAUUCAAUGACCUAGUAAGUCUUUCAAUCUAGCCUGAUUGUCUUAAGUCUCUGAGGAAUGUAAUAUGACGACUGUGUCUAUUUUUAUUUCAUGUCAUUGUUGUUAUCAGAAGGAGGAACCAAUCGCCGCGUCUGCAGUGUUUCAGGACGGUGAAAGUGUUACAGUAUUGCUCUUACUAUUGUAAUAACCAGGAUCAGGAAGGUGUGGCCCGCUCUCUCCAUCCUCCUCCUAAUAUCUCAACUUAUUCGGGACCAAGUCACACACAACGUAUCGUUUUUCUGUUCGUCAUUUCUGUCAGUCAUCGAUGUUGUCUUUUCAGCUUUUAUUUUGUACUGGUGCUGAUUAUAUAUAUGUGAUGAAAAAGAUUCUAUAUAAAUAUUAUAUAUAUAUAAAUAUAUGAGAAUGGCUAUAUGUAAAUAUGUUUCUACUGCUUUAAAUACACCAGAAAAUGUGUCUCUACUUUCUGUAAAGAUAUAACUGUUUAAGAUAGAGUAUUUUUAUUUCAUUUUUCCACUUUUAAACUCAUCUGAGCUAUACCAUUGCACUUCAGACAAUGUCUUACUACUAAUGGGUAAUGUAAACUUUCUCUGAUUUUUAUUUCGAAGGGAUUUUUUUUCUCUAGUUGGAGAAUUUCGAGCUGUACCUAAUGCAGUGCUUCUACUUUCUUCCCUUGUACAUACUUACGAAAAUGUUAACACCAGAGACUUACAAAAAAGGAAGAAGUUUUUUUUGUUUUUCAGAAAAAUACAAUAAAGAGAGAGUUUUCUCGCUGAUCCUAUUAAAUGAAAUGUGCUCUUCUUGACUUGUUCCACAUACAGAAAAAACAAGAUUGUGAAUAUGAGGGGCAUGAAGACAGAAAGAAAGGAGAGAAAUGGAGAGUAAUAGAAAAAAGGAGAAGACGUCUGGCCCAUUUUAAAAUGUAGAAGCAGCCAGGUUAGUUUCAAGGUUACAGACCAUUUGAAAAGUAUUUUUUUAAAUCGCAUUAUAUUUUAAUUAUGUAAUGCUGCUGAUACUAAGGGAUGACAUUUUAAUUUUGGAGCUAUUUAAUAAAAUUUCAGAAAUUCUAAGAAGUUUGAGCUCUUAAUGUUACUUCUUACUUUGAUCUAAAAAGACCUUCGUAUAUCUUUAAAGGGCCAGCUGCUACUUGAUAAAGCCUACUAAAAUACAGUAGUGGGGUGCACUCAUUUCAUUAAAUAAUGUUGCAACAUUGGGUCCUGGCUUUCAUGUGGAUGUUACUUUGACACGUACCACCUACCUAAACAUUGUUGCAGUCCAAGUACACCCCUUCAUGGCAACGGUAUUCCUAAUGGCAGUGGCCUCUUUCGGCAGGAUAAUGCGCCCUGCAACACUGCAAACGUUGUUCAGGAAUGGUUUGAGGAACAUGACAAAGAGUUCAAGGUGUAGACUUGGCCUCCAAAUUCUCCAGAUCUCAAUCCAAUCAAGCAUCUGUGGGAUGUGCUCCAUGAUCCAUGGAUGGCCCACCUCCCAACUUACAGGACUGAACUGUAAAACUGCAAAAUAAAUAAAAUGAGAUGUCAAAGCUCAAAUUAGAAAUACAUCUCAUCGGAAUUUGAUGAAUUAAAUUGAUGAAAAUAGAUAAAGGAUCUGCUGCUAACGUCUUGGUGCCAGAUACCACAACACACCUUCAGAGGUCUUGUGGAGACCAUGCCUCGACGGAUCAGAGCUGUUUUGGCGGCACAAGGGGGACCUACACAAUAUUAAGCAGGUGGUUUUAAUGUUA